AUGGCAGAUGAUCAACACAAAGAUAGUCACAACAAAAGCAGUUUAGAAUCUGUUGUUGUAUUUGUAGUGCCAUUUCCAGCACAAGGUCAUCUUAACCAGCUGUUACAAUUUUCAUGUCUGAUAUCUUCAUAUGGAAUUCCAGUUCAUUUUGUUGGCUUCAGAACUCAUAUUCAACAGGCUAAAUCAAGAAACCUUCAAGAUAUGCAGAAAACCAACUUUCAUGAAUUCCCAACUCCACAUUUUGAUUCACCUCCUCCAAUAAUUCCAAAUUCCAUCAUGAAAUUCCCAACACAUCUCCAACCAUCUUUUGAAGCCUCUAAACAGCUACACGAACCGUUUACGAAUCUCCUCAAUGAAUUCUCCAACAAAGUGAAGAGAAUCGUGGUUAUACAUGAUCCUCUUAUGUCUUCUGUGGUUCAAGAUUUUUCUACCAUUCCAAAUGCAGAGUCCUAUGCAUUUCAUUGCAUAUCAGCUUUCACUCAGUUCUUUAGCUUUUGGGAUACUAUUGGAAGACCUUUUCCAGUUGAGGGAAUGCCAAAAAAAAUACCAUCAAUGGAAGGGUGUUUUUCUUUUGAAAUCAUGAACUUUAUGGCUUAUCAGUAUGAGUUUAUGCACUACAGAACAGGUGAUAUAUUCAACUCAUGCAGAUUGAUUGAAGGAACUUAUGUGGAUUUGCUAAACAAGUUGGAGAUGAAUGCAAACAAGAAGCAAUGGUCCAUUGGACCUAUACUACAAAAAGAUUCAAGAAGCAGGCACAAAAGUUUGGAGUGGCUAGACAAACAAGCUCCAAAAUCUGUUCUUUAUAUCUCUUUUGGAUCAUCGACUACAAUGACCGAUAAACAAAUUCAUGAAUUGGCUAUGGGGCUAGAAAACAGCAAGCAAAAGUUCUUGUGGGUACUGAGAGAUGCAGAUAAAGGUACUGUUUUUGAAGGCGAAACAAGGAAAGCGAGAUUACAAGAAGGGUAUCAAGAAAGAAGUGACGGAGUUGGUAUUGUGGUAACAGAUUGGGCACCACAGUUGGCAAUUUUGGGACACACUUCAAUUGGUGGAUUUAUGAGUCAUUGUGGAUGGAAUUCAUGCAUGGAAAGUAUGACAAUGGGAGUUCCUAUAUUAGCUUGGCCAGUGCACUCUGAACAACCAUGGAAUGCUACACUCAUAACUGAUAUUUUAGAAAUUGGCAUUCAAGUGACAGAACAAGCACACCAAAUGGAACUUGUUAACUCAUCAACUAUUGAGAAAGCUGUGAACAGAUUGAUGGUGUCUAAAGAAGGGGAGGAGUUAAGAAGCAGGGCUGAAAAGUUGGGUAGACAAGUUUGGCAAUCAAGAGAUGAAGGAGGUGUUUCUCAACUAGAGCUCAGUUCUUUCAUUGAUCACCUUAGCAGAUAG